CAGCAUCGCAAAGAUGGCGGUUCACUGGGGUGGUGUCGCCGGGAUGAUCGUUUUCUAUCUCAUCAUCCUUCUCGUUGGCAUGUGGGCUUCUAAGAGAACCAAAGGAGGGGAUAAUCCUGAACGCGUGAUGGUGGCCCGUCGGGACAUCGGAUGGUUUGUCGGGUUCUUCACACUAGUCGCAACUUGGGUGGGAGGUGGCUACAUCAAUGGAACAGCGGAAAAGAUAUUCAGACCAGGCGGUGGGUUAUUAUGGACACAAGCUCCAAUCGGAUACAGUCUCAGUUUCGCCGUCAAUGGGCUUUUCUUUACGAGGAAGAUGAGAGCAUCCAACUACGUGACAAUGAUCGACCCGUUUCAGAUCAAAUAUGGAUCUCGUUUCGGAGGAUUGUUGUUCAUAGUAGCGCUCCUUGGGGAACUCUUAUGGUGUGCCACCAUAUUGGCUGCACUCGGUUAGUAAUAAUAUGGAUUAUAUGACUCCUAGAUAGAUCCUUGUCAUUUGAUUGGUUGU